UCCUGCCGCCAGCCGCAGCCGCCGCAGCCGCUCCAGCGCCGGCUCAGCGGGCGCGAGAAGCGCGAGAUGCAGCGCGAGAUCCUGGCCCUGCUGGGCCUGCCGGGCCGCCCUCGGCCGCGGCCCCGCGCGCGGCCCGCCUCGCUCGCCCCGUCGGGCGCCGCCCGCCAGCAGCCGCCCUCCGCGGCCCCGCUCUUCAUGCUCGACCUGUACCGCGCCAUGGCCCGCGAGGAGGACGACGACGACGGCGAGGACGAAGCGGCCCGCGGGCCCUGGAGCCCGGCCUGGGCGCGCAGCCCCUCGCGCACGAGGGCCGCCGACGGCGCCGACACCGUCAUGAGCUUCGUCAACCUGGUUGAACUGGACAGAGAUAUCUUCCACCAGAAGCCUUACUGGAAGGAAUUUAGAUUCGACUUGACACAGAUCCCAACAGGGGAGACAGUAACAGCAGCUGAAUUCCGAAUUUACAAGACGCAAAGCUUCAGUUGGCAUGUCAACAAAACGCUUCACAUCAGCAUAUAUGAGAUAGUUCAAGAACACCGUAACAGGGAAUCAGAGCUGCUCUUUUUGGAUCUUCAGGAUUUUCAAGCCAGGACAGAGGGCUGGCUGGUGUUUGAUGUUGCAGCUGCUAGCAACCAUUGGUUAUUAAACCGCAAAUACAACCUUGGUUUGAGACUUUAUGUGGAGACAGAGGACGGACAGAGUGUCGAUCCUGGGUUAGCAGGCCUCUUGGGCCGCCAUGGACCACGUUCCAAGCAGCCCUUUGUGGUGACGUUUUUCCGGGCCAGCCAAAACCAAGUCAGAGUCCCGCGAGCAGCCAAGCAGCUGAGGAAGAGGCCGCACAGGAAGGCAAACAACUUCCCACACGCGAAUCGGCUUCCAGGGUCAUUUGAUGAUGUCCAUUUUUCUGAAGGGAGGCAGGUAUGCAGGAGGCAUGAGCUGUACGUCAGCUUUCAACACCUGGGAUGGCUGGACUGGGUGAUUGCGCCACAGGGCUACUCAGCCUUCUACUGCGAAGGAGAAUGCGCCUUCCCCCUGGAUUCCUGCAUGAAUGCCACAAACCACGCCAUCCUCCAGUCUCUGGUCCACCUUAUGAAGCCUGAAGCCGUUCCCAAGGCCUGCUGCGCCCCCACCAAGCUCAGCGCCACCUCUGUUCUGUACUAUGACAGCAACAACAACGUCAUCCUCAAGAAACAUCGCAACAUGGUGGUGAAGACGUGUGGCUGCCACUGACGGCGUGCUAGACAUUGGGUUGCUUU